CCUUAACCUCUCCCCCUAAUUCCUUCUCCAUUCCAUUCUUCUUUAACUCCCCUGUUCUUCCUACAACCAAAAAAAAAACCUUAAUGGAGAUAACUCCGAGGCCGAGCUCGAAUACGAGUUUCCUUGCAUCUCCGAAAAGCCUCAGCCCCAACAGAAGCACCACCAACAACAUCGGCCCACCACCGCCAACUCCGCCGCCUCAACAGCCCAAACCCAUCAACAGAUCUGAAUCAGCUAACCCCUACCCGACAACCUUCGUCCAAGCGGACACUUCAUCUUUCAAGCAAGUCGUCCAGAUGCUCACCGGAUCUUCCGAGACCGCCAAGCUAGCUUCUUCCGUCAAACCAACUCCUUCCCCUCUAUCCGAUCCAAAUCCAAAUCCGAACCCGAACCCAAAAACCCAUAUCCCUCCCAUUAAAUCCUUUCCAAAAAAUAAGCAGAAUUCUGGGUUUAGGCUUUACGAACGAAGGAGCUCUCUCAAGAAUCUCAAAAUCAACCCCUUGAACCCGGCUUUUAACUCCAACACUGCCGGGUUUUCACCUCGGAAACCCGAAAUACUCUCCCCCAGCAUUCUUGACUUUCCUUCUUUGGCUCUUAGCCCGGUUACUCCUUUGAUAUCCGACCCGUUUGACCGAUCUGGAGCUGGAAACUACCCAAAUUGUGCCAAUAAUAAUGCGACACUAGAUAAGGAAGCUGAAGAGAAAGCAAUUAAAGAAAAGGGUUUUUAUUUGCAUCCAUCACCGGCAUCUACGCCGCGAGAUUCGGAACCUAGGCUUCUCCCACUUUUUCCAGUUACUUCACCUCGAGUUUCAGGUUCUUCUACUUCUUGAACUAAAAUAAAUUAACCUUUUUUUAGUUCUCUCUUUUUUAACGUUAUUAUUGUAAGAUUUUUGCAUAUUGUUGGGGCACUGAAGAUGGGAAUUGGAAAGGAAGUGGGAAAAAAACGAGAUAAGAUUUGUAAUGUUGGUUGUCGGAAACUUUCAAAGGAAUGAAGAUAAAAAUCUUUGCUUCAAUCGUAAAACUUUAUGCUUUGUUUGACUUUUAAUUUAUAUUUUCUU